AUGAAAGGUUCAUCAAAAAAGGCUAUAUGCCUGUUCUGUUUCAUGUUCAUUGCAGAACUAGGAGCAAGCCUUAAUUGCACAGGAUCUUGUGGGAACCGUGGCCUUCACAUCCGAUUUCCAUUCUGGAUCAAGGAUAGGCAGCCAGAACAGUGUGGCUAUCGUGGUUUUGAUCUGUCUUGCAAUGAGAUGGGCGAUAUAGUGCUCGAGCUGCAAGGUGCAGUGAAGCUCUACAUCGAUAAGAUUGACUACAAAAAUCAAGUUAUUUAUGCAAGUGAUCCCCAAGGUUGCCUUCGAAGCCACCACUCAAACUUCUAUUCGUCUGGGUUUCACAUACAGUUUAAGAUGUCUAAGGUCAAUUUUACCAUCUUCAAUUGUUCUUUAAAUAAUGCAAGAUCCCCGAACUGGAGGGUCCCUUGUUUAAGUACUCUCCACUAUGAUGUUCUUGCCGUUAAAUCAGAACUAUCUAUUCAUGGCAAUGAGUUAUUAUUAUCUUGUACCAAGAUGUACGACCUACCUGUUCCACAUGAUAUCCUUCUGUCCUGGUCCAAUCCCAAUUGUGGAUCUUGUGAAGCAACUGGAAAACUAUGUGGAUUGAGGGGAAAUAGCAGCACUGAGCUUGAAACUGAAUGCUAUGGCUUGCCCAGACCAGAGAAAGAACAAGGGUUCUUAUCUUCUGCAGGUGCACGGAAAAGGAAUCUGACUAUAGGAGUAACCACAGGAUCCAUCCUUUUCGGGGUUCUGGCCAUUGCAGUCUACCAAAUCUAUAGCUUCAGAAAAUCAGAAGAAGAAUAUCAGGCCAAGGUUGAAAGGUUUUUGGAUGAUUACAGAGCUAUGAACCCCACGAGAUACUCCCAUGCUGAUCUCAAAAAGAUGACAAAUCAAUUCAGGGAUGAAUUGGGGCGAGGAGCUUAUGGAACAGUGUUCAAAGGAAAGCUAACCAGUGAGAUUCCGGUGGCUGUUAAGGUUCUAAGCAAUUCAUCAGAAAAAGGAGAGGAAUUCGUCAACGAAAUGGGAACAAUGGCUAGGAUUCACCAUGUCAAUGUAGUCCGCUUGAUUGGCUUCUGUGCCGAUGGAUUUAGACGAGCUCCGGUUUACGAGUACCUGCCAAACGAUUCGCUGCAGAAGUUCAUAUCUUCAGCAAAUGCCAAGAAUGUUUUCCUUGGCUGGGAAAGGCUGCAUCAUAUUGCCCUUGGAGUAGCCAAAGGGAUUGAAUAUCUUCACCAGGGUUGUGACCAAACAAUCCUCCACUUUGAUAUCAAACCACAUAAUAUCCUGCUGGACAAUGACUUCAAUCCCAAGAUUGCAGAUUUCGGUCUGGCUAAGCUGUGUUCCAAGUAUAAAAGUGCUAUUUCCAUGACAAGAGUUAGGGGAACCGUCGGCUACAUAGCACCUGAAGUGUUCUCAAGAAACUUCGGGAAUGUCUCCUACAAGUCAGACGUGUACAGUUUCGGAAUGUUAGUGUUAGAAAUGGUUGGUGGAAGGAAAAAUGUUGAUGAUACAGCAGAAAAUGGUGAUCAAGUAUACUUCCCAGAAUGGAUUUAUAAUCUCUUAGAAGAAGGAGAAGACCUGCGGUUCCACAUCGAGGAAGAAGGGGAUGCUGAAAUUGCGAAGAAGCUAGCCAUUGUGGGACUGUGGUGCAUCCAGUGGAACCCAGUGGACCGUCCUUCCAUGAAAAUCGCUGUCCAGAUGCUGGAAGGGAAAGGAGACAGGUUAAGUAUACCUCCUAAUCCUCUUAGCUCCACAGCUCCAAAGAGAACGAAUACAAGUAUGCUAAGGCUGUGAUCUAUGAGCUGCUGCCUACAGUGGAUUCUGAGUAAUUCGCGGGUUUUUACACAAAUAAAAGAAUAGCAUGCAUUUGAUUGAAAAUAUGGGGAUGGAACUGUAUUUGCUUGCAAGAUGAGUUCUUAAAUUGUAUUUCUCAAACUUUAUGAUGGUGCAGUGUAUUUUUAGGACUCUUAGUGUGUGUCCGGGGUUCUGUUGC